UUGUGUAAUGCAUGUGACGUCGGUUUGACGGUCGCUUCGACGCCUGACUGCCUGUUAAUAUUGAUUUAAAUAUUAAAAACAACUUAACUCCUCAUCGUUUUGUUUUUUCUACGAAUGUCCUUCUCCUCCCUCGCAGGUCCAAUGAUUUGUAUAGCUAAAUGAAAGUGUGUGUGUGCGUGUGUGUGUGUGAAUUGAAAUUAGUAAAAAAAGUAUGCCGUUGAUGACGAUAUUCGAUAAGCGAAAUUAAAAGUGAAAACUUAUUCAUACGAGAGAGAGAAGUCCUUUUGCCGAAAAAAAGGAAAAGCAACAACAACAGCAACAAAAUCUGAAUGAAAAAAAUUAAAAAUAAAAGUUCUCAAAUUACACAAUCAACAGCAGCAGCAGUAGUAGUUGAAGCAUAACAAAUACAUGUUCUGAUUGCGUAUGCAAAUAACAACAACAACAACAACAACAUUGGAGAUUUACUGAGAAUUUUCAAAAUCAAAAUAACAACAACAGCAGCAGCAACAAAUAUCAACAUAACAAAAUGAAAACCCGUUUGGUUUCCCUAACAUAUCGCGGUUCGGCCUCGGUCGAUCCGCGCUACUCAGCCGCCAUGCUGCCAUGGACUAUAAACGAUAUUCGAUCAACGGAAAGUUAUUCGAAGCUUUCCGUUGGCAUUGAAAAUGGCAAUCUGGAAUCCUACAACUCAGACUUUGAACUGCAAUUCAGUCAUCCACUCAAACACAUUGUUGGCAUGUGUCGCAUUGUCCACAAACAGGGUGGCAAGCAGGUGGGCAAUGGAUUUAUGCAACUCAAGACGCCGCAGCAGCAGCAAUCUUUGUCACAGCACUCGAAUGGCAGCGUUGGCGGCAAUGGUUUAUCGUCCACAAGCAAUGGUUUCAAGUCAUCCCUAAAAACUUCCACCUCCUAUGGGUCGUUGUCUUCAAGUGCGGCAGCCUCAUACCAACAACAACAACAGGCGCAGCAGCAACAACAACAAGCCAACGAUGACAAUGGUGUACCGAAUAAUUUUAUGGAAUUCACAGGGCCCAUAACCGGGCUGGUGUAUCUGAUGAAAGAGCCCAAGGAUCCCUUGCUGCACAUUUAUCUGUUCGAAUGCGAUGCGGUCGAAGAGAUGGCCGAGUUAAUGCAUCAAAUGCGUGAUCCCGCCCACACCUUGGGCGGUUCGGUGGGCAGCAUUCCGCAAACGCUGGUGGCCAAUAGCAGCGGUGCUGGCGCUGAAUUGACUAUGCAAAAACUACUGGCCGGCAAUGGCAUACACACAACGCCAGCCACCAAUUUGAAAAUGUCCGAAGCUAUGCGCCAGCAGGCUCAACAUGAAGCUAGUCCAACAUUGGCCGCAACAUCGUCCAAAAUGAAAUCGUCGAAAUCCUAUACACAUGGUCUCAGUAAUUCCGCAGGAACGGUAAACAUUCCAACAUCUACCUCAGCUCAAUCCAAUCUCUCGCUACUCGCCGAUAUAUCACCGAAUCACACGCACUUCUUUGAGGUUAUGUAUGUGGGCAAGAUACGUGUGUCGCACAAGAGGGUACCCUACUCCUUCAUCGACGAUGCCUUGCCCAAAUUCAAGGCGUACGAUGCGCAGCGACAACGUCUCAUGCAAAUGUCGUCAAAUCGUAAAAUGUCCAUGACUAGCGAGGGAGCAUUUGUGGGAGCAGGAACAUUGGAUUUGAAAAAUUGUUCCCUUAAAGAUCACGAUGUCAAGGAAGAGGAUGAGGAAGAGGCCGAACGUGAAGAUGCUAAACGGCUGCAAGAGAAGAAAGAAGAGAGCAAAAAAGAUGAGCCGGAAGGCGAUGAAGAACCAGCGGAGAAGGUGAACGUUUUUGUCAAGGCCGCUACGCCGAUUCCGGGAGCCACCGGUGAUAGUGAGGCGAACACAGCCGAUUCUACCGAUGCUGAUCUCAGUGACCAGGGCGACAACAAGACUCUGGAGGAUUAUAAUAAGGAAAACAAGUUGCCGGUGGGAAAUCGUCUGAUGCGUGGCAUAAGUCAGCUGGAUAUUCCAUUGAAGAAAGAUGAAUCUCAAAGUCAUAUCGAUGAAAACGAACCCUUGCCGAGUAAUGUUAUAAUCAAUCAAAAACAUCCUUCGCCUCCAAGGCAGGAUCAAGAGUCCGAACAAGCGUCUAUGACCAUAGCUCAGCCACAGGAUCAACAAACGCCAGAGGCCCAGCAAAAUAAUACCACGAGCCAGCAAAGGCAACAUCUACAUCCCAAUCAUGGAGCGGAUAACUUACCCAAACAACGUGAUCGCUCGGCGUCUUACGGCUGUAUACCACCCUAUGUGGAACAGAAUCGCACGAUGGUAUUCCUCGUUGGUCGCUCAGAUUUACGUCUGAUCUCACCCGAUCGCAAGCAGGUCCUGCUCUACAAGGACUUCAAAGAUGUGGCCAGCUGUGCCCAGGGUCAAAAGAAUGCCGAUCAUUUUGGAAUUAUAUGCCGCGAGGCUCACAACGACGGUUAUAUUGGUUAUGUUUUCAAAUGUCAAUCGGAUCAUGUUUGCGAUGACAUCGUUGCAGCCAUUUCCCAGGCCUUUGUCACCUGUGCCGAGCAAAAGAAAAAGGAGGCCACCCAAAUAUUCUCCUGUGAUCAUUGUCCCAUGUUGUGGUAUCACAAACUCUGUACCGAUGUUGAGGGCCUCAGUGAGAAGAAGACACAGGCGAUGAUCUUUCGCCGAAUUGAAACGCUGACCGAUGAUGAACAGGAUACUAUAUGGGCGAAAUUUUAUGGUUCGGAGAAGAUGACCGCACCGCUGCAGGAGCAGAAUCAAUUCCUCAUGAUGCUGCUGCGGGCUCACUGUGAGUCAAGGCAGCAGCGGCAUGUUCACGAUACGGCCGAGAAUCGUUCGGAGUUCUUAAAUCAAUAUUUGGGUGGCAGUACCAUUUUUAUGAAAGCAAAACGCUCCCUCACCAAUUCCUUUGAUCAUUUGUUGAAGCGUAAAGCCUCCAAGGAUGACAUUGGGGCAAAUAGUCUGCAGGUCAAGGAACAUAAGAUAAGGGAAAGUUCAGCAGAACCGAAAUUGGAAGGUGCUGGAGGUGGUGACUCACCACCAGAGGGCUUUAGAUCCAGAUCGAAUACCAUUGGUGGUACUAGUCCAAGUAAACCGCAGGCGGAACAACUUAAAUCACCAAUGAUGGAUAUAUUCAUGAAAGUCGGCAACAGCCCCAAAGUGGAGGAGACCCACCAAGGCUCUUGGCGCCAGGCCAUACUAAAUAGUGUGGUAACACCUUCUAAGGGCAUGGAUGGAACCGAUGGCCAGUCGGAAUAUUUGUCACCAAUGAGGAUAACACAACCCAAAAUCGGCAAACGAACCCGCGAAGAGCUACGUGAGCUAUGGAAAACGGCCAUACGUCAAACCAUCCUCCUAAAUCGCAUGGAAACCGAAAAUGCAAUGCUGCAGGCACGACAAAAUGAAAACGAAUUGAAACGCAUGAAAUUGGACUAUGAAGAGAUCGUACCCUGUGACAGGCAGCUCAUUGAACGAUGGGACACCUUCAUUGAGAGAGAUUCCAUGAAAAUCGGUAACAAACGGGAUCCCAUUGUCUUGGCUCAAGCCAUUAAGACGGGCGUACCACGUUCCAAACGUGGUGAGGUAUGGUCAUUUUUGGCCGAACAACAUUCCAUGUAUACAGCACCGGUGGAUACGAAGAAAUUUCCCAAUUUCAAUACACCCUAUCAUGCGUUGUUGAAAAAUCUCACAGAACAUCAGCAUGCGAUUUUCAUUGAUUUGGGAAGGACAUUUCCCAAUCAUAAAUUCUACAAAGAUCCUUUGGGAUUGGGUCAGCUGUCGUUGUUUAAUUUACUCAAAGCCUAUUCGAUAUUGGAUCCGGAGUUGGGCUAUUGCCAGGGUUUGGGUUUUAUAUGUGGCAUACUGUUAUUGCAUUGCGAAGAAGCCGAAGCCUUCCAGCUGCUGAAACAUCUAAUGUUCCAUCGUCAAAUGCGCACCAAAUACUUGCCGGACAUGAAGAAAUUCCAGCUACAAUUGUAUCAAUUGUCCCGUCUGGUCAAGGACCAUUUGCCGUCCUUGUAUGUGUGGUUGGAUCAAAACGAUGUCUCACCCACUUUGUAUGCCGCCCCAUGGAUUUUGACCGUGUUUAGCUCCCAAUUUCCCUUGGGUUUUGUGGCCAGAGUUUUUGAUCUGAUGUUCUUGGAGUCAUCUGAGGUGAUCUUUAAAUUUGCCAUUGCCCUGUUAACGGUGCACGAAUCGGAGCUGUUGGCCCGCGAAAACUUUGAAGAGAUAAUGGAUUAUUUGAAAACUGUCGUACCGAAAAUCGAUGCGAAAACUAUGGAAAAAGUUUUGAAAAUGGUCUUCACAUUGGACAUCAAUAAACAAUUAAUGGAAUACAAUGUGGAGUACAAUGUGCUGCAAGAGGAAAUAACCUCAACCAAUCACCACUUGGAAAUGUUAAAUCAGGAGAAAUCUCGGAAUUCUCAUUUGGAACAACAAUUACAGUUUGCCCAAUCCUCAAUUGUGCAAUUGGAGAAGACCCGCUCCUCGCAGCAAUCUCAAAUCACCAAUCUCCAGUCUCAGGUGCAGACCCUCGAACUAACCAUACAAACCCUGGGACGAUAUGUCAGUCAUCUGGCCGAACGUAACAUCGAUUUGGAAAUACCCCAAGAGGUGCGUCGGAUUCUCCAACAAUUGGAUGAUUUGGAAAAACAACAACGACGUCGUCCUCUCUUCACUGAACGUAAAAUCGGUAAAUCUGUCUCGGUCAAUAGUCACUUGGGGUUUCCACUCAAAGUCCUCGAAGAGUUGAACGAAAAAGAAGAACAUGGUUCGCCCCAAAAAACCAAGAAGACACCCUAUUUUGAGAAUACCUACGAACAGUUGAGGCAACAGAAACGUGGUGGAGGACCCUUGGCCUCGGCCGAUGCAACAAUAUCGCCCACACGACAGAUUUCCGCUCCCACCAUCCAACAGCCACAGUCGCCGGAAUUGGCCCAACCCCAGAGGCAGAUGUCGAUGCAGCAGCCGCAACAAAGACCGAAUCGUUUGUACAACGAUAAGGGACCCAAUCUGCAGGAGAUGCAAUCGCGUUUGGAUGAAUUAAAAUUACCCGAACAUGUUGAUCGUUAUAUGGCCCAAAUUAAAAGUCCCCUUGAGGUGGACAGUGGUGUGGGCACGCCGCUCAGUCCACCCAGUACGAGCAGUAACAGCAGUCAAAGUAGUUCCUUAAGUUCGGGCAGUAUUUUCAGUCGCAUGGGCUACAAGAAUACACCGGCGGUAUUCUCCCCCAAUGCCAGUCGUCAACUCUUUGGCAUGGCGGCCAGUAAUGAAGUCGGAGGCUCCACAUCACCGGCUAAGGCGGCGGCCGUACCACCAGCCGAAGAACCCAAACUACCCGAGGUAAAUAAAACCGAAGCAAUGCAUCCCCUCAGUAUGGUCGGUGAGGUAAAUGUUCGAUUCAAUGGCACAACGCAACUGAAGUCCAUACGUCCCGUACAUCAUGUCAAGAGUCCGGUAACACCACCGGCCACAAAACCCCAUGAACAAUUGGCUCAAAAUGUCAGUGGGGCUGGUGCAAGCUAACGGUUUUGAUUUAUAACCAAAUUCUUGCGUAGCUUCUAUUGAAAAUGGCCAAAGGGUACCAUUUUAUAUAGGAACAUAUAAA